UCGUUGGCGACGUUCGGGGAAGGAUGGAGUCCCCGGCCAAGGGGGAGACGUCGUCCCCGUCCCCUCGGGGCCGUCAGCUCCGCGGGCGGCCGCCCAAGCUGCAGCGCCCCGGCCGCGGCAAGGCCGGCGAGAAGCCGCCGCACCUGGCGGCGCUGGUCCUGGCCAGGGGCGGCAGCAAGGGCAUCCCCCUGAAGAACAUCAAGCCCCUGGCCGGCGUCCCGCUCAUCGGCUGGGUCCUCAGGGCGGCGCUGGACGCCGGGGUCUUCCAGAGCGUGUGGGUCUCCACGGACCACGACGAGAUCGAGAAAGUGGCCCGGCAGUUCGGAGCCGAAGUCCACCGCCGCAGCUCCGAGGUGGCCAAGGACAGCUCCACCUCCCUCGACGCCAUCGUGGAGUUCCUCAGUUACCACAACGAGGUCGACAUCGUGGGGAACAUCCAGGCCACGUCCCCGUGCCUCCACCCGGCCAACCUGCAGAAAGUGGCUGAGAUGAUCCGGGACGGCGGCUUCGACUCCGUCUUCUCCGUCGUGCGACGCCAUCAGUUCCGCUGGAGCGAGAUUAAGAAAGGAGGGAACGAGGUGACGGAGCCGUUGAACUUGAAUCCCGCCAAGAGGCCUCGACGGCAGGACUGGGACGGGGAACUCUACGAGAACGGCUCCUUCUACUUCGCCAAGAGGCACCUCAUCGACAUGGGCUUCCUGCAGGGGGGAAAGAUGGCCUACUUCGAGAUGCGGGCUGAGCACAGCGUGGAUAUCGACGUGGAUAUCGACUGGCCCAUCGCCGAACAGAGAGUGCUCAGAUACGGCUAUUUUGGCAAGGAGAAACUCAAGGAGGUGAAACUGCUGGUCUGCAAUAUCGACGGCUGCCUGACCGACGGGCACGUUUACGUGUCGGGAGACCAGAAGGAAAUGAUAUCGUACGACGUCAGAGACUCCGUGGGCGUCCAUUUAUUGCGGGAAAGCGGGGUGGAGGUGCGGUUCGUGUCGCAGAGGGCCUGCUCGAAGCAGACGCUCUCCGCUCUCAAACUGGACUGCAAGAUGGAGGUCAGCGUCGCGGACAAGCUGGCCGUGGUGGACGAGUGGAGGAAAGAGAUGGGCCUAUGCUGGAAGGAAGUGGCCUACCUAGGGAACGAAGUGUCGGACGAGGAGUGUCUGAAGAAGGCGGGGAUGAGCGGGGUGCCCGCGGACGCCUGCUCGGCCGCCCAGAAGGCCGGGACCUACUUCUGCAAGGCCAGCGGCGGCCGGGGAGCCCUCCGGGAGUUCGCCGACCACAUAUUCCUGCUCGGGGAGAAGGUGAAUUCGGCCCGCAAGUGAGGCCCGGGCCUCAGUUUCCCCUGCCCACCCGUCGACGGUGUUCGAAGUUCGUCCCUCCGGAGAGCGGGCGGACGCGGGAAGCGGCGAGGUCCCCCGGACGGGCUCCGUCUCCGGCCGAAUAAAACCACAUCCCACGCC